UGUCCACUGUGCUACCCACAGAUGGCUAGAAUUGCACCCCGUUACUGCUACUUGCCAAAGUAUCCUUGAAUCCCCACCAUUCUCUGUCUAGGUACAUAUUUCUCUCUACAUGGCAACACCAAUGUCCCACAACCUAGGGCGACUCUCAAAGAGAUCCCGAGCUGCCGAUGCGGCGCAAGGGAAGACGAUGCAAAGUGAUGAUGCGCGUGUCAAGCGCCGUCGUACCUCCCAUAGCAAGAACCAGGCUAGAGAAGAAGUCAAUGUAUCGAUUACCGCCCAGAAAGAUAGCAAUAUGGUUAGCGAUCCGCAGAAACUAGCCGCUUCAAGUGAUACCAUACACAAAGGAGACAUACCACUCGGCUCAUGGUCUUCCUUUAGCGUUGCUGCGGGUCAGUAUAGCAACCUGGACCCAAUAUUUACGCCCGAUGACGAGUAUAUCCUGCUUGGACUGGAGACAACAGUUCAUGUCUACUCGCUUGCAACCUCCCGUCUUCUCCGUGCUCUUCAAUUACACGAUGGAGAUAGGAUAGUUGGAUUCAAGCUUUCCCCAGAAGACCCGAAAUGUUUGUAUAUCAUCGCAUCGAGCGGCUCCGUUAGCAAGUGGGAUUGGCUUUCUGGCGAACAGUGUUCCUAUUGGGAUGCCUGCUACAGGACAGUCUCCGUCGACGUGUGUCUUGACGAUUCCGAGGCCGAUUCCCUGUUUUUCUUGCGCGAACACAACGAUGGAAAACGGCAGAUAGUAGUACGACACUUAAACGACGCCGAGCUGCAGGAUAAUACGAUACUCGAGACUAAUGUACAGAUAAACCAUCUCAGAGUCGCAUGCAAAGGUCAGUUUGUUAUUGCGCAUGGCGAUCAGCAUGUUUUCUUCGGCCGUACUAGCAUCGGUCAGUCGUCGAGACCUCUUCAAUAUACAUGGAGAGAGAUGAAUCAUUCUGUCAGCGUCGUGUGCGUUGACGUUCGACCUCAUACAAUUUCACAUCGACCUGGAGUGCAGAGUCCUAAAGAUCAGAGGUCUCUCGGCAAGAUCGACAUAGGCUUUGGGGCAUUAGACGGGUCUAUUUUGGUAUACCAUGAUAUAUUACGUUUUUUCGACGACGACGACGGUCGUCAAGGUGGGAAGAACGUAACGCCCAGGCGGCUACACUGGCACAGAAGUUCUGUGAAUAGUGUGCGUUGGUCUAGGGACGGCAAUUACAUUAUAUCAGGUGGUAAUGAAUCAGUCAUGGUCCUCUGGCAGUUAGACACGGGUAGAAAGCAAUUUCUUCCUCACCUCUCCUCGCCCAUAGGCAAUAUAGUCGUCUCUACAAGUGGAAACUCAUAUGCUGUCAAGCUGGCCGACAAUUCCAUCACAGUCCUGUCGGCGCGAGAAUUACAGCCCUCUUCGACCAUUACAGGCUUACAACUAUGCCCAAAGGAGAAGAAUCUGCUCCAAAAUACUUCUGAAAAAACCGGCGUCUCACCUGACACUAUCGCUGCCGCAUUGCACCCGCAGAAUCCUGAUCACCUUCUUAUAACCGUUCCAGCAUCUCGUCAAUUGACUCAAGAUGGCCAGCCGUUGGCAACUGCAUCCGUGUUACAAACUUAUGAUAUUCGCACGAACCGCCAUGUUUCCCGACAAGCUCUAGCACGCACCAAUGCCACCACGCUAAAGGUCGGCCCUGAAGGCUCACAUAUAGUCACUCCAGAUGUUAGCCACCUGUGUGUUUCUAAGGAUGGAAAGUGGAUGGCUACAGUCGACAAUUGGAGUCCUUACUCAAAAGAUUUGCAGGCGCUCUAUCGCGAUGAGACUGGUUUUCACCGCGAACUCGAAGGCUCUGAGGAUAUCUUUUUGAAAUUCUGGAGAUGGAGCAGCUCUUCCAGUGUAUGGGAACUGGUCACACGAAUUGAUAGCCCUCAUUUCACAAAUAACGGACCUUCUCGUGUUCUACGCCUUGCUGUAAGAGAACACAGCCAUGAAUUCGCCACUAUUGGUUCGGAUUCGGUUCUACGAUUCUGGUGUGCGAGUAUUAGGCAGCGCAGUGGCCUGAAGCCACAUGAUUCAGCACAGCCGGUAGAAACAUGGAAAUGCCGAAAUACCAUAGACCUCAAGAGCUACUUGAACGUGGACGUUGUUGAUCGUUUGAGUGCCGCUUCCAUGGCCUUUUCUCCAGAUGGUUCUGUACUGGCUGUCUGCCUAGGAUCAACGCCACGCACAAAUGCUGGCCUCGCCAUACUGAUAAAUGCUCAAACAUGCAGUAUUCAUUACAGCAGAGUUGGUCUAUACGUGGGUCUGCCUUGUGCUGCUGCAUUCAUGGGAAGCCGCCUUGUUAUUGCUUCGACGGAAUCAUUGUCCAUUUGGGAUACAGUGGAUGACCUUGUCAGGACCAUUGGGCUCUCAGUGCCGGGUAGCGCCUCAGCCAAACAGCCGCGUCUGUUGGCUGUAAACUCUGAGACACAAUCUCUUGCUGUUUCAGCACAGUAUCCGGCAAGCCAGCACUCGCUCGACAAUCGCCACACAUCAACGCCCAGCAUACAAGUAUAUGACAUUGCUACAUUAUCUUUGCUUUCCGAAACCAUUCUUGCUCGCCCCCCAGUGGCAUUGCUGUCAACCCUGCAUUCAAGCGAUUAUGUUGUCGUUGAUUCUGGGGCUAACGUGCAGCGUCUCGGCCGCCUGGGCAAGAAUCUCCAAAGCAAUCAUUCUCCAGACCUUAUAUCUCACCUUAACAUGGGUCUGGCAAACUUGUUUGGUCGGCAAGGAACUAGACACAAAGAUUCGGAGCGUACCGCAGUCGAACUUAGCUUGGCCACACCGGGUUUGCGGGGGGAACUUGCCAGUGUAUUUGGGGACGCACCACCAUCUGUUAUGGCCCCCGCCAACAUGAUUUUUCGCCACGUGGUCGAUGCUCUUUCAGCAUAGCUUCUGGUUGACUUGUCUUGCACACAAUACUUUACACCCCCCUAUAUGUUAUUGCUGUAAAUCGUUAGUGAGAUUCAUCAUGCUCCUGUAUCAAGAGAAGGCUGUUUGCACAUUCU